UACACACACAGGAGUGGUGUAUGAUGUAGGAGGAGGAGGAGGGGCGUGUUAUGGAGUGAGCGCAAGAGGAAGGGGUUGCGAUAAGCUGAGCGAGCAGCAUCCCUUUAUUCGGCUCGCAGGAAGUCAGGAAGCAGCAACCUUAGUUUGAAGACGGAAGAGCAGCAGCAUCUCACCCACAGGGGGCGACGACACCCCUCUCCCUCUCUCUCUCUCUCUCUCUCUCUCUCUCUCUCUCUCUCUCUCUCUCUCUCGCUCUCUCUCUCUCUCUCUCUCUUUCUCACACACAUACGCAUCGCACACAUGCAUUCGUGAGAAGCCCGGCAGGAGGAACAACAGCGUGGAGAGCAGUCUCCUGAAGACUGGAGCAGGGCUGCGUCCAUCGCCUCCAUCCAUUGCCCCUUAUGCUCUCAGCCAUUCUUCGCUUGACCUCGGAUUCUCACCUCUCCGCUUCACCGUGACCUCUCCGUCCGCUCGUGCGUGUUCUUGUUCGACGACUAACCAAAAGAAGGAUCAGGAAUUCCGAACGCCGCCAUGAACUUCCUCCGACGCCGCCUCUCCGACAGUAGCUUCAUGUCCAACCUGCCCAAUGGCUACAUGUCGGACCUCCAGAGACCAGACCCAGCUGCGCCCCCUCCUCCGACCACCUCGUCCCCAUCCCAGCAAGGUCCCGCCGCGUCCCAGGCUCCUGCCCAGUCUCCCACCCAAGGAUCCUCUCAGGCCCCCGUCAGCUCGCCGGCUCCUCAGGAGCGCCGCCUGUCCCAGCAGGCUCAACAGCAGCCUCAACAGGCCCAGUCUUCGGCCUCUUCCGGUGGUUCCUCUGGGUUCUUCAGCUCCUUCAGUUCCAUCACCAACGUAGUCAAGCAGACGGCGGCGUCUGCUGCCGGUUUUGUGGAACAGUCAGCUCCCUCUCCUUCCCUUUCCAAGAAGUUUAAGAUCCUCCUAGUCAUUGAUGAGCUGCAACAUGAGUGGGCCAAAGUAUUUCGGGGAAAGAAGAUUUUUGGGGAGUAUGACAUCAAAGUGGAGCAGGCCGAGUUCUCAGACAUCAACCUCAUUGCACAUUCAAAUGGAAGUUGCACCGUGGACAUGCAGGUCAUCAGAGGCGGUGUGAAAACGGCCAGAUCCUUUAGGCCAGACUUUGUCUUGGUCCGCCAACAUGCCUUCAGCAUGGCCCAGAACGAAGACUUUCGAAACCUAAUCAUUGGACUGCAGUAUGCCGGCAUCCCCUCCGUCAACUCACUGGACUCCAUCUACAACCUCUGCGAUAAACCCUGGGCUUUUUCCCAAUUGAUCAACAAUCAGAAGAGGCUGGGUGCUGACAAAUUCCCUGUGAUCGAACAAACAUUCUACCCCAACUACAAGGACAUGAUCACAACGCCAAGUUUCCCUGUCGUGGUGAAGAUCGGACAUGCCCACUCUGGAAUGGGAAAGGUCAAAGUGGACAACCUGAGUGACUUCCAGGAUAUCGCCAGCGUGGUGGCCAUCACGCAGACCUACUGCACGACAGAGCCGUUCAUCGACGCCAAGUAUGAUAUUAGGGUGCAAAAGAUCGGCGAUGACUAUAAGGCAUACAUGCGAACAUCCAUCUCUGGUAAUUGGAAGAGCAACACGGGCUCAGCCAUGUUGGAGCAAGUGGCCAUGACUGACAAGUUUAAACUGUGGGUCGACACCUGUUCCGAGAUUUUUGGCGGCCUGGACAUCUGCGCCGUCAAGGCCAUAUGCGGCAAGGACAGCAAUGACUACAUCACCGAGGUGGUGGGAUCGUCUAUGCAGCUGGUCGGCGAUCACCAGGCGGAGGAUCGCCAACUCAUAUCCGAAGUGGUGCUGGCAAAGAUGACCCAGGCUCUUACUGCUAAGACGUCUGCUGCUUCCCGCUCGCCGGCUCGUUCCCCUCAAGGCCAGAAGAUGACGGCCACAACAGCGCCCGCACAGAGUGGCGCUGUUAAAGACGGAGUGGCAGACGCUAGCAGAACCACAGGCCAGCGUCCUCAACCUCAAGGUGCAUCAAUUAAGGCACAGAGUCUGGAGUCAUCAUCAGAAGUACUGAUGAGAUCUUCCGAGCCUCAAUCAAAGGCUGCCCAGUCCCAAAGACCUUCUCCAGGUCAACCCCAGAAAACAGGUCAGGCCCAGAAGCCAAGCCCACUCCAGAAGUCCACUUCAGUCACAAAGCCUCCAGUGCAGAGGCCUCCCCCUAUGACAAGAGCUCCCUCUGUCACAAAACCCUCUCCUGAUUCUGCUUCCUCCACCGCCGCACCGGCCAAAGGUUCACCAUCUUCCCCCGCUAAGUCGGCAGGCCCAGGCUCUCCUGCAGCCUCAACUGCUGCAUCUCCUUCAGUUUCAGCGCCGACCACGGAACAGCCCAAGCCUCAGCCCCCGGGCUCCCCGGCCCAAGCUCCGGGAAAGCCAAAGGAGCUACCGUCCAAACCCACUCCGCCCGCCAAGCCCAUACCUCCUGUCCGCAGGAACUCCAAGCCGCAGCUGCAGCCAAAGCCCCAAACGCCGCCUGCUCCCAGAGCCUCACCCAAACCUCAGGCCUCCCCUCAAAACCCGGGGCCCGCUGAGGCCUCAGACGCUGCCUCGUCACCCGCCGCAGGGCAGGUCCAGUCACCAGCCAAAAUCAGCGAGUCUCCGCCUAAUGUGCAGUCUCCUGCCACGGCUCAGCCUCUGGCCAAGCCCGCCUCUCCAUCCCAGAACCCUGAGCCUGAAACUGCCGCUGAUCCUGCUGAGCCCCAAGAGGACCUGCAAGCGUCUCAGCCAAAAUCCCAUCCUCUGCUCAAUAAGUCCCAGUCACUGACCAAUGCCUUCAACGCCUUCAGCGACUCCUCCUUCUUCCGUGGCGUGUCCGGCUCCGGAGGCGGCGACGGCCAAGACGAGGCCAAGGCCGAGACCAUUCGCAACAUCCGGAAGUCCUUCGCCAGCCUUUUCUCUGACUAGACACCAACAUCUACCAAUCUCCCGCCCUCUAAUUACUUCCCUCUCCCACUCCUCAUUGGCCAGCGACGGCUUGUUUGACAUGUCAAUGUGACGCAGUCUGAGACGUAUGUGUGUUUUCAAUUUUAAGUGUACUGUACUGCCUAUGUCUGUCCGUCCUGCGUGUCAACAUGUUUGUGCGUCUGUGCGAGUGAACAGUGACGCACUCUGGCUCGGAUAUUAAGUGCAUGUCGCUGUGCCAGAAAAGGCGGAAUGAUGAGUUAUGUCACUGAUAUUCCCUAGAUAGCAUAACAGCAUAUUACAGAAUAUAAUGUUUAUUUUCCCAAAGCUUAUUAAAGAAACAGAGCUAUAUGAAAGCAUAAUAUACAAUAUUGACAGAAUGUAUAUAAAAGUAUAGAUGCAGUACACACAUACACACACACACACACACACACACACACACAUAUACCGGUAUAUACAGUAUAUAUAUAUAUAUAUAUAUAAAAUGCACAGAACUAUCAAGCCAGUAGCUUUUAAGCUUUUAUCUGUGACAUAACUCGCCCGUGAGUGGCUGGAUGUGUAAGCGUUUUAACUACUAGUGAUAUACUUGGUGGCUUCCCUCGUGAUUUUCGUAGUAAACCCAUUUUUCGAUCCCUCUCAGUGAAACUGUGUGUGAUUUUAAAAAAGGAAAACAAAAAAACCCCACGUCGAACGUGUUUCUGUGUAAAUCCAAUCUUGGUGUCUCAUCUGCCGACUGCCUAUCGAUGUGAGGGAAUUUGUGAUAUUUUUCUCUUUGUGUGUGUGAGUGUGAAUAUAUAUCUAUAUACAGUAUAUGUAUGUGUGCAUGUGUGUGUGUGUUUGCAUGGCUCCUUGCAGAGGCUCCGCCAUGAUCUUUGGAGUGUCUGCCAGGAGCCCUACCAGUGUUGACUUUUGCCUUUCGUUGCCUCUCUCUCUCUCUCUCUCUCUCUCUCUCUCUCUCUCUCUCUCUCUCUCUCUCUCUCUCUCUCUCUCUCUCUCUCUCUCUCUCUCUCUCUCUCUCUCUCUCUCUCUCUCUCUCUCUCUCUCGAUGUUGUAGCCUUUUAUCGUGUAUUCAAGUCACAGCUUUGUUAGCUGUGCAGACCUGAGUCAACUUGAAAUUCAUUCAUCGGUUAAUUACAAAAUCGAGGGGGCAAGACCGAGGCUUCCUAUUCAACUUUCUCCUUUAAGCUCCACGAUUCAAAACGCAGAAGGGCCAAUCACAGAGUGGCACAGAAUUCAGAGAUAACCUUUUUCAAAAAACGUUAGUUGUGCUUAUUUUAUGAUUGUAUGGUAUUAUUGUAUUGUGUUUCCAAGAAGCUAAUCAACUACAGAUAAACAGAGAAUGUGGCUAAAGCUCUGCACUCAUCACCGUAGUCAUUUGAAUCCUUUCUUUCUCUGCUACAAGGUAAAAAAAACUGCUUGUAUAACACGUAAAAAAAGGUAUGCUGUUUUUAUCUUAAAACACACACUUUUAAGAUAAGGACUACUGGAGUGACCAUCUCUCUUGUUACCAAAUUUAACCAGCAAAGCUAAGCUAAGCAAGCUAAUCUGAGAGGUUACGUUUUCAAAACCUCAUAUGAAUCCAUAAGAAUGCAGUCUUUAUUUAAAGCAAUGUGGUGAAGGUGAUUUGGACCCUAUCAAAUAUUAAAUGAAUGCAUUUCAAAUAGGAAAAAGACGCAUGUCUGUUGUCGUGAUUGGUGAUUUUCUUGUUUCACCUCUUGUGUCGAUCUUUCUACGGUAUCGUAAGUUGUUAAUUAUGCUCAUAAGAAGACAUUGAGGCUGUAGUGCAAUAACACCCUGACAUGACUGUUGAAUGGUGUCAACCUAUUAUCAAUAUAAAUAUGAACAUCCAUGUGAGACUUGCGUAUCUUUUAGACAUCUUCCCCUUUGACAUUCCUUUAUGUGAGGACCGACUGCAGCUUCAACAGUGAAAUUGACAAAGAAGAAGAAGGGGGAUUUGACACGAGCAGUCUUUGGUCUCAUUUAAACUAGUCUAACUAUUUACCCCCAUUGGUGCGGUUCAUUCAUCCAGUCACCGACCAAUCAACAGGUACAGGUCAACUUCUUGGUCUUCCAUUGCAAAGGCUGUGACCAAAGUUGUAAUGCUGAACCGUAUCUUUGCUGUUCACACUUGAGAUGAAUUGAACCCGAGUUUGGUGGAAUUCAUUCGUAGAACUAUUUCAAACCACAAGUGAAUGGUGUCGAGUAAGGCUGUGUCAACAAUCAGGCUUGGAUGGGUUAAAAUGAAUUUCAGUGUGGUUCAUUUGGUUAUUUGACCCAUGGUGUGCACAAGAUAAACGCACCGUGACCACUUCUGGUUGUGUUCACACAUUUUGUUUUGCUUUGGAUGAACUCUGGUCCGAUUGCUCUGUUUGUGUGAACAUCUUCUUAACUCUGGUUCUCAAGGAACAAGCCAAUCAAACCCGCUUGGGAGGUUGUCUUGAUCCGCUUGCAAGUGAACCCUGGUCCUGUUUGAUUAACUUUAUGAUGGCUUGAUUAGGCUCAAGCAUCUGAGGAUCUCUUAGCAGGAGUUACUUGGUCAAGUAUCAACAUCUAUCAAUGGAACCGCUUGAAAAAGUAGAGUCGCGUACAAUCACAAGUAUGGUUUGGAUCACUAUAUCUCAAGUGUUAACACAUCCCUUUGUUAGGAACUCUGGUAUGAUUGCUCUACUAUUGUUGUCUGUUUUGUCAUUUAUGACCGCGAUCAAUAGACUCACUUGAAGUGAUGUCGGCCACAUUGCAAGCGAGCUCUGAUGCUGUUUGGUUCAACAAAUGUCAAGGAUAAAUUCUACAUUUGUCAGAUUUGAUUCCAUUAAAAUGAAAUCUUGUGCGGUUGUUCUGUUGGCACAAUUAAUUUGAUCAAGUGUGAACACAGAUCAAUGGAACCACUUGAAAAGGUAGUCUUGGCCGCAUUGAAAGUGAACUCUGGUAGGUCCGGUUCAUUUUAUCUCAAGUUUGAAAACUGCAAAGGAACAGACCAGAGUAAAAAUGACAACAUAAGCAUAUGAAAAUCAUUGGUUUAGAACCGUAUCCCGCUUCACGGCGGUGGAAAACAAGCUCAAGUCUGAUGAGAACCAAUCAGGCCAAAGGGUGCUAGCCCAUUAAGAGUGAACUAGUUAUGAAUUAAAUGGCUGCCCGGACAGGAUCCUCUUCUGUUUUAGUGUGCACCGUCGUUUCAAUGUGUCAUUAAAUGUAUAUCCCUCAUCAUGUUGCUAACAAGUAACCUUAUUGUAUGUGUGAAUGUACUGUAUGGAUGGAUGGAUUUAUCGUAUGAACAGACAGGUGACGAAAAAAGGAGAAAUCUGGUUCAAGAGAACGGAAAAGUCUGGUGUGUCCAGUAUUUAAUCAUGGAAAUAAUAAGACAGCUAAAUCUAACCGUAAUGUUAUGAUUUCUUAAUACCACCGUCAUGUUUGCUUGUCAGUGGUUGAAAUUAUGCUAUGUUGGUUUUAACACUCACUUGUCGCCCAUCUGUAUGUGCCAUCUCAGGAGUUGAUUUAUUUUGUAAUAAAUGGAUUGAUUGAUUUAUUUUUGGGAGGCUCUAUAUUUCCGUCAAUCUAGUAACAGAUUUUGUUUUUUGUAGUGACUGUUUAUAUUUGCAACCGCAAAAUCGUGCUUCGCAUGACCUGGUGACUGAUGACGCUGUCAUUUAUGUACAGAUGAUUCACGUGAAUAAAGAUGUGGCUCCAACUUCCCUCAGAUGAAAUCAAA